AUGGUUCCUGCCACCCGGCAAAUGACAAGUGUAGCCGUCUAUGCCCAUUUUCUGGACAAUGUACUCCUUCUUCCCCAAGGACAUCCUAUUCGUCUUGCCUUUGAUCAACAAGGAUAUGAAUCGGCUGACAAUCUCUUGUGCAUCUUUGAGAACGAACUCGACUCUCUUGAGUACACUCCUCCUGCCAUUCCUGACGGUCCCGAAAAUCCGUCGUGCAUCCCUCUAAUCAUGGCACAUCGACAGAUCAUACGUCACUUCCUACGUUGGCAAGCAUCCUUAAAAGACCAAAAGGGGGCUCCUUUGAAGAACUCCGAGCUCGUUGCACUCAACAACGAGGACUUUGUCCUGUACCGUCGGUCAGCACUUGGUCAGGUUUCGACGGCCACUGCACCUGCCACUGUUCCCCCGACUGUUCAGAGUCCCACAGGAAAGACACGUUCGGCUGUCGAGGAUUUCAAGCGUGGGAUAAAACGUGAUAAAACUCACUAUCCUGUGCUCAAAGAUGACCGAUACUGGGACAACUUCUAUUGUUCGUUUGUUGUUACUGCCGUAACACAUAACGUUGACAAGGUUCUAGACCCGAACUACAUUCCUACCGAUCCUUUGGAAAAGUCCCUCUUUGAAGAACAGAACAAGUUUGUAUAUUCUGCUCUAGAGCAUACUCUUCAGACGGACAUGGGAAAGAACAUUGUCCGUGAGCACAGUUUUGAUUUCAAUGCCCAAGAAGUUUUCCGUAAAAUUGUGAAACAUUAUACGGAGUCAGCCAGCGCAAAGAUCAGUUCGUCUACUACUCUGGGGUAUCUCACAACUGCAAAAUACGGAUCGUCAUGGACAGGUACAGCAGAAGGAUUUAUUCUCCACUGGAAGAAUCACUUGCGUAUUUACAAUGACACUGUACCUACUGGUGAGCAACUUCCUCAGCAAUUGUGCCUUAGUCUUUUGGAGAAUGCUGUUCAUGAUGUACCUGAACUCCGACAGGUUAAAAUCACAGCAACACUCGACUUAGCCAAAGGUGGUAGUCCCAUUAGCUACGAUAGUUACCUCAGUCUCCUCCUUGCAUCGGCAUCGCUCUACGACAACGGUAAUAAUCUAUCUAAUUCUCGCAGUGGCAAGAACAAGCGCAAUAUCUAUACUACUGAACUAGCCUAUCAUCCGACGGAUUUUGAAAGCGAACCAGAUGUAGACUAUGAUAUAGAUGUGUCACCGACUGCCAUAUACGAAGCCAAUGCCCACGCCAUCCUCCAAGGUUUGGCUGCACCCGGCAAGCAGGCACCAUUAAAUGGUAGCCCGCCUCAUCAAACGCUGCAGGCCAAUACACACGAGACCAUUGGCACGGAACAUACCGCAACGGACACCUUCCAUGAUUGCGCACCUGAAACUGAAUUACUCGCACAUCUUACUGAGCGUGUCAGUCGCAUGAGCAGCGGUGAUAUUCGUAAGGUACUCGCCGCAUCACGUGACGUAUCAGAAAAGCCCAAAUCACUGCAAUCUAACGUACUGCAAUACCAAGUCUCUUGUCAUACUACCAACGAGACUUCUGCAUCCCUUGUUGACCGUGGCGCUAACGGAGGGCUUGCCGGUGGUGAUGUCAUUGUCCUGCUCAAAACAGGACGUUCGGCAAACAUCACAGGUAUCAACGAUCAUACCUUGCCAAACUUGGACAUCGUCACUGCCGCUGGAUGUGUUGAAUCCCAAAAUGGGCCCAUCAUUCUCAUUAUGAACCAGUAUGCUCAUCUGGGGAAGGGUAAAACCAUUCAUUCAAGUGCGCAGUUGGAACACUAUCGUAAUCAUGUCGAAGACCGUUCACGCACGGUAGGGGGUAAUCAGCGCAUUGUCACUUUAGAUGACUAUAUCAUUCCCCUCCAUAUUCGACAGGGACUUCCAUACAUGGACAUGCGACGCCCCACUGAUGCUGAACUAGCGUCCCUCCCGCAUGUUGUCCUAACCUCAGACGUCGAUUGGGACCCCUCUGUACUCGACAAUGAAAUUGACCUUGCGACUUCAUGGUACGAUGGCAUCCAUGACUUGCCCCAGCCCCCAUACGUUGAACCACGUUUUGAUCAUACAGGCCAAUACCUUCACCGUCACAUUUCUCUAUGCGACUACCGUGAUGACGCCAUUGCACGUAUCAUGCAGUGUCAACAGCAUCACGUCACACGUAAUGUGCACGAUUAUGAAGCCCUUCGUCCUUGCUUUGGCUGGGUCUCUGCCGACACCGUUCGGAAAACCAUCAUGGCCACCACGCAGCAUGCCCGUGAAGUCUAUCACGCACCGUUACGUAAACAUUUUAAGUCUCGUUUCCCAGCCUUAAAUGUACACCGUCGUAACGAACCGGUCGCUACUGAUACCAUAUGGUCCGACACUCCCGCCGUAGACAAUGGUGCAAAAUUUGCACAACUCUUCGUUGGCAGACGGUCUCUUGUCACUGAUGCCUACCCCAUGAAAACUGAUAAAGAGUUUGUCAACACCCUUGAAGAUCACAUCCGUUUCCGUGGUGCAAUGGACAAACUAAUCAGUGAUCGCGCUCAAGUUGAGAUCAGUAAAAAGGUCACUGAUAUUACACGCGCAUAUAAUAUCGAUCAGUGGCAGAGUGAGCCUAACCAUCAGCACCAAAACUUCGCCGAACGUCGUAUCGCCACCAUCGAAGCCAAUACGAACAACAUUCUCAAUCUUACUGGUGCUCCUGAUAACACCUGGCUUCUUUGCGUGACAUAUGUUUGCUAUGUCUUCAACCAUUUGGCGCAUGAAUCUCUCGAUCAUCGCACCCCCCUCGAAGUGCUUACUGGUUCUACACCUGAUAUCAGUGUUCUCCUUCAGUUUCAUUUUUGGGAACCGGUCUAUUAUAGAAUUGAAGAUGCGACAUUCCCCUCUGGUGGUACCGAGCAACAAGGACAUUUUGUCGGCAUCGCAGACUCCGUCGGUGACGCUCUCACUUAUAAGAUCCUCAACGACCGCACCAACCGCAUUCUAUAUCGAUCUAGUGUUCGUUCUGUGGCCAUUUCCGGGCAAACCAACCUACGCCUUGCGUCACAGGAUGGGGAGAAUGGUCCUAAGCCCAUCAACUUUAUCAAGUCGCGUAGAACCGAAAAUCAAAAUUCCUAUGCCAUUAAGGAGUUGCCUGGUUUUACACCUGAUGAUCUUAUCGGUCGCACAGCGUUUUCGGGCACGAAUCACCCGUAA